AGGCAAACUGCCAUCCAGGUCAAACGUCGGCAACUUCAUUAAAGCCAAUGCCUGCCAGCAAAGGCCCAAGACCCUCCUCCACUAAAUUCUACCAGGAAGAUGUCGUUCGUCUCGUGAACCCUCCUCACACUUAUGGUAUCGUGCUUAGAUGUUGGCACGAUGCAGAAGACAUAGCUCCUGUCAGCCCUUUGGAUGAUCCUCUCAUGCGACCGCUAAACCAGGGUGAAGUUGGUGUAUCCUUCUUCCCCACCGGUCUUCGCGAGAUCCUCCCAGAGUCUCAUUUCACCCUCGUCGACCGCUCCUUUCAACCAGGAGAUUAUUGCAAGCGCAGCGUCGAUGAUGUUCGCUCUGGCGUUGUCACAAGUAUCGACGUUAUGGCUUCCUUGGCCCAUGCCAUCAGCAACGUUCCUGUUCAGAGCUGGGUCAACAUCAAGGACCUCGAGCACGAUGUCGACGUAGAUGUUGGCCAAUAUGUCUUAUAUGAUGAUUGGGUAGGGCAGGUGACCGAGUUGUUUGACGAAUGUAUCGUGGAAGCCUCCGGCACUCUGGUUCGCGUGCCUGAGAUAGGUUCUCGUCUAUCUGUGGGGGACAGAGGGCAUGACAUAUUAACCCACCACCUAACCUACCGUCUGCAUAUGGGCGGUGGAAAUCCCUUCGCUAACACUCCUCAGCCGACCUGCAAUGAUACUGUUCUCGCAGUGAAGCAUACUGUCGUAGCUGUUUGCUGGCUGGCUCUCAAUCAAAGUCUCCAUUCCGCAGUUGCACAGACGAAGCAACGACCAAACCGGUUCUGGCACGGAGAGCAAUUGUCCAAACUGUCCUUCAUUCCUCGCCGAUCAGAUGACAUUCGGGUUGGCGACAGAGUGCGAACCAAGGCAGAUGUCACCGUCCCGGUUACUACGCAUGCCACACAGAACAGCCACGACCCUCCCAUCCGGGUCCGGACUUUGUCCGUGAAGGAAACUCAAACAAAGGUUACCGUUCUUUGGCAGGACGGUGAGAAGGAGACGCUCACUUCCAUCGAUCUCAUCCCAUACCUCAAUCCUGAUGAGUAUGAUUGUUGGCCAGGCGACCAUGUCAUCUGGAAAGGAGAGGAUCAAAAGCGAGCUGCCGUUGUCCAGACCGUGAACUCUGCAGACCGAGUUGCCAAAGUUAUGUUCACAGAUACAGGCGCUGUUGAAGACACUUCUGUCCUUGAACUUGAUCCGAAUGGCAAUGGCGACUGGGCAAUCACGAACCAUCCGCAUGCUUUUGGUGUAGGAGUUCGGCGAUGCGAUACAGUGUUUAUUCAUGCUGAAGGCACAACGAACGGCGCCGCGUACCCAACCGUACCUCGAAUAGGUGAAAUUGAAGCCUGGGUUAAAGAAGACCUCUUGGGCGCCGACGGUGAUCUGCUUGGCUGGCGACGUGAGAUGGCAGACCUGGGUGUGGGUCUUGUGGCACAUCGUGAUCCUUCCAGUGGCGAACACAACCUGCGCAAAGUGUCUAAGGACGACAAGUCUCUAACAUGGAUAGGCGAGGUUGUCGGGUUACGGAUGGACGGAAUGGUGGAAGUGCGACACCCAAACUCCGAAGUGGAAGUUUACCCUCUGCAACGGUUGACGAAGCUUUAUGAUAGCAUUGAUCAAUUUGAGGAAGAAGAUUGGGAUGACAUGUCGGAAGACCACGAAUCCUACGAGGAAGAGGGUCCUGUUUGGACUAGGGACGAAAACGGGGAAUGGGCACUUCAUGAACAUGCUGACGACGAGGAUGAUUGGGAGGAUGACGAGGACGGUGCUAUGGAUGUUGACGGAUCCUUGGAAGGCGAUGAACCAAUCCCUCCACUGGUGCCAAUUGAUACGGAUUCAGCUAACAUGGCCGUGGAUACGCCCAUGCGGCAAGCUACCCCAAGCUUGUCAGAUUCCUCCCCUGUUCCUGCUGGCUCGUCUAUGAACGGUUCCCUAUUGCCACCAGCUGACAGUCAUGCAAACGGAAGCGCAGGUGCCACUGUGAAUUUGGACAGUGACGAUGAAGCCUGGCAGCGUUUUGCCAUUCUGCCCUCCGCCCCUCCCGACCAUGCAUUCUACGGCACACCUACUGCCCAACCGUCGAAGGCAUUCCACCCUCGUCUGAACAAAGAAUACCGUGCUCUCACGAGUAGCCUACCUGAGUCGAUCAUAGUUCGGACAUACGAGGACCGGAGCGAUCUCCUGAGAUGUCUCAUCAUCGGUCCGGAGAACACCCCCUAUGAAGACGCACCCUUCGUCAUCGAUUGGAUGCUCGACGCGAAUUUCCCUCACAGUCCCCCGAUAGCACACUUCCUCAGCUGGACGAACGGAAAUGGGCGUGUUAACCCUAAUCUAUAUGAAGAGGGCAAAGUGUGCUUGUCUAUUCUAGGGACAUGGUCGGGCGACCGCAACGAGACGUGGAGCGCCGCGCGGUCUUCGCUUCUCCAGGCGUUCAUCUCCAUUCAAGGACUGGUCCUCGUCAAAGAACCCUGGUUCUGUGAGCCUGCCUACGAGAAGCUGCGAGGUACAGAAGAGGGCAUCGUGAACAGCCGCCUGUACAGCGAGAAGGCCUAUGUGCUCUCUCGUGGCUUCGUGCGCCGCGCCCUCGAGGUUCCUCUCGGCGACCUGGAGACGGAGAUCAAAUGGCUCUACUACACGAACGGCCGGCUGAAGAAAGUCCUCAGCAGCGCACGUGCUCUGAUCGAGAAGAGCAAGACGAAAGCCGAAGUCACAGAGGCAGAUGCCGAUCUUGCGGUCCCUCGGCUGACGGCUGGAGGCGUGAUUACACUGGAACGGAUAUUGACAAAGUUACAGUCUAUUGCGGAAGCUCAGCAGUAAUUUCAAUAGUACUAGAUUCCACCCCACUAUACACUUUACCAUCUUUCACGAGGGCAUUUGAGGUAGAUAUCAGGCUCGAAUACUAUGUACCAAUUUUUUGAACCCACUUGUCUACACGCGCGUUCGACCGCGAGUUUUUCUUGAAACUACUUGUUGCGACUGGGAAGAACAAUGCAGAAAACCAGUCUGAUUGUGUAACGCUAGUGAAUAUAUACAGCAUUGCAUCCCUCAAUAGAUCCAUAUUCCAACGCCGAAACAGCACUAACCCGAGGGGUAAAGUAACUCCAGGAAACACCUCGCGCAGCAUCAACCCGCAGAGUGAACAAAUGUUUGUGACCAAUGGGAAGAAAAAAGAAAAGAAAACAACAACAACAACAACAACAACAACAACAACAACAACAACAGCAGCAGCAGCAGCAGCAGCAGCAGCAGCAACAACAAUAACAACAACGAUGAUAUAAAUUAACACUGCCCAAGGAACGAGUUCUUUGGCAUAGGUUGCUUGUAGUCCCCGGUCCAUGUUGUGAGGUUGGGGUUGUUAUAAGCCUCGGGGUAUCUGUG